AUGGGUUUCUUUGGUCGGUCCAGCGAAGCGUCCCCGCGGUCGCCCUCGAUCAGCCACAACGACUUGACGCCGAGCGGCCUCGAAGACAAGGAAAACGAGCAUGGCGAUCUCCAGCGCAAGAAGCGCAUGCUCAUCAUGGCGGGCUGCGGCCUCGCAGUCGUUGCCGCUGUCGGCGUUGUGACGUUUGCAGCGACGAGCUCGACAGACGCCAGCACGGGCGAAGGCCUUUCCACGACACCCAAGCCGACGACGGCGGCUGCCAACGGCGAAACCUUGGUCGGCUCGACGGGCCACCUCGACAGUGUCCCGGCGGAGAGCACGUUCACCCCGGUGGCCACGACCGCCGAUGCGCCCGAGUCGGCCAACGUGACGUUGAUUGGCGACCUCAACGCGCUUCCGGACGCCGACGACGGCACCGGUCACCGAAGUGCCUACGCCGGCCCCGACGACAGAAGCGCCAACGCCCGCGCCAACGCCCGCGCCGACGCCCGCCCCGACUCCGGCUCCCACGCCGGCACCGACGCCUGCUCCGACCCCGCCCCCACGCCUGCGCCUACGCCUUCGCCGUCGAGCGGCUCGCCCUCGGACAACGGGUCGGGUCUCUGGGGCGGCAAGCUCUCGAUUGUCAACAACCUCCCCAAGGUCUGCAAGUACACGGACAAGACCGCGACGUGGUUCUCGUCCAACGGCCACGGCGACCUCAAGCAGGGCGAGUCGGCGACGCUCGGCCCGUUUGGCGGCAGCUACACGGUCGGCGUCCAGGAGAACGUCUUCGAGUGGUGCACGUACUCUGGCACUUGCGCCUGGAACAACGGCGCGGCCGACAACUACUGCUAUAACGUCAGUGUCGACAAGAACUGCAACGUCAAGUGGAACGACUGCCCGUACCCGUCGGGCAAGAACGGCGGCCUCUCGCCAGCGCCGGAUGGUCGCAAGCGUUAUACCAUCACGGGCGCCAUCAGCAAGGAUGGCGUCUGCGUCCUCACCGUCAACCCGACGGGCGGCGGUUCCUUCUUCUGCGAGGCGUCGAUCUAA